AUGUUAGCCAUGUUCCCUCCAACAAUAAUAGAUCUAAUGGACUCCCCAGCUGAUGUUUCAUCCAUGGUGUUCUUCCUGACCAUUGUGGCAACCUUGGUCAUUGCUGUCGUCUUUCAAGUGUACAACCGUCUCAAGCCCUACCCCGUGGACAAAUCCAUCCCAGGGCCUCCCAGGGCUCCCUUCUGGGGAAUCCUAAAUUUUAUCAUGGCAAACUUUGAGGACUGGCCCAACACAGUUCACCAGUACAGUGAAAAGUAUCAGAGAACUUGGGGUGGCCCAGUACCAUACCUCGGUACCAUGCGAGGAGCCUACUUUAUUCUUACCCAUGAAGAAAACAUUGAACACAUUCUCAGCAAAAACUUUGAAAACUAUUCUCAAGGGGUUCUCUUCAAAGAGGCGUUUUUUGAACUUGGCGGAAAUGGGCUCAUUGCGGAUGAUGGAGCAACUUGGCUUCGCCACCGAAAGAUUGCUUCCCGCAUGUUCUCUUCCAGCUUACUCAGAGAGAGUUCUAAGGUUACCUUGAAGAAAGUCCAAGAGCUUUCAGCUGUUCUCAAGAAUGCCACAACCACUGGCAAGGAAGUUGAUAUCCAAGAUCUAUUCUUUCGCCUCACUUUUGAAGUGACAUCAAUUGUUGGCUUUGGAGUAGAUUAUGGAGGCAUUCAGAACGAAUCCCAGCAUCCCUUUGCCCUGGCAUUUGAUGAAAUUCAAGGGCUGCUGUUGUCUCGAAUGAGAGAUCCCCUCUUUCAGCUCAAGCGAUACUUCAAUCUAACGGCAAGAGAGAAGAGGAUCCGAGAGCUCAAAGUUGUACUGGACAGCAAUGCCAAGGAGGUCAUUCAAAGCCGAAGGCGCACUGCCCAAGACGGCAAACUGGGUCCAGACCUUUUGAGUCGCUUUAUUGACUAUGCCAACACGCACAAUGACCCCAUGCCAGAUGAGGAACUAAGGGAUGUUAUCAUGAAUUUCUUGUUGGGCGGCCGUGACACUACGGCUUCGGCUCUCUCCUGGACAUUUUAUGAACUCAGCAAGCACCCGGAAGUUGUGGAAAAUGUGCUGGAAGAAGCCAAUCAAAUUUGUGGCACUGUUAGUAGUGGUGAUGGUGACACUGAUGGAGACUAUUCUUAUGAGGCCAUUGGAAAGUUGGAGUACAUUCAUGCAGUUGUGAUGGAAUCGCUGCGACUUCAUGCUCCCGUUCCAAAUGAUUGCAAAUUUGCGGUCAAUGAUGAUGUUUUGCCAGAUGGAACGUUUGUCCCCAAGGGAGCCAUGGUGGGGUAUCCGCCCUAUGCCAUGGGAAGGAACAGUCGUAUUUGGGGCAGUGAUGCCUGUGAGUUCAAGCCAUCCAGGUUUUUGAACCGCAAAGAACCCACCCCAUUCCAAUUUCCAGUGUUCAAUGCUGGACGUAGGUUGUGUCUUGGGAAACCCAUGGCCCUGAACACAUUGAAGUUGACAGUGGCGUAUCUGGUCCAAAGGUUUGAAUUUGAAGAUUUGCAAGGACACAAUGGAAUGUACGACUGGCAUUUCAUUAUCCAGCUGAAAGGGGGCUUUCCUGUUCAGGUACGGUUGCGACAAUAG